UCUCCCUGUGUGUGUCUCCCCGUGUCUCCGCAGGGCGUGUCUCUGUCCCCGUGGGAUGGGGCAUCUCGUCUCCUGCAGACUUCUCUGCGCGUCUCUCAAUUCUCCUCUGGGGUUGAACCCGGCCCUCACCACCAGAUCAUCUACGUGGCCGGAGCCUUCGAUCUGUUCCACGUGGGACAUUUGGACUUCCUGGACAAGGUCCACGCCCUGCGAUCGGAUCCCUACAUCAUUGUGGGCCUCCACUUUGACCAGGAGGUAAAUCGCUACAAGGGGAAGAAUUACCCCAUCAUGAAUAUUCACGAACGCACACUCAGUGUGUUGGCCUGUAAGUUUGUCUCCGAGGUUGUGAUCGGCGCUCCAUACUCCGUCACCUCCGACCUCCUUGACCACUUCCAGGUAUCGCUGGUUUGCCAUGGAGCCACGGAGAUCAUGGUCGACAGGGAUGGCAUGGACCCUUACAGCGAGGCAAAGCACAGGGGAAUUUUCCAGGUGGUGAUGUCUGGAAACGAUUUAACGACCGACUCCAUUGUGCAGAGAAUCAUCCAGAACCGGCUGCUGUAUGAAGAGAGAAACGCAAAGAAAGUGGCCAAAGAGAUUGCAUCACUCGCUCAGCCAUAAGCUCACCACUCAC